AUGGAGUCCGGGGCGCCGGGCCGCGCCCUGGAGCGGCUGCAGGACGUGCGGGAGCGGCUGCAGGAUUGGGAGCGCGCGUUCCGGAGGCGGUGCGGCCGGCGGCCGGGCCAGGAGGACGUGGAGGCGGCGCCGGAGGAGACCCGCGCGCUCUACCGGGAGUACCGCGCCCUGAAGGGGGCCCUGAGCCGGGCCGGCGGCAUCGGACCUCGCAGCCCCAAGCAGUCGCUUCUCGCGACGGCGGAGGAGAGGCUGGAGCCCAGCUGCUGGGGGCCGCACUUGAAUCGGGCUGCGACCCAGAGUCCACGUUCUAGUCUUUCUGGGCCAAGUCCUGUGGGGUCUGUGCCAGACUACGGGAAGAGGCUCAAGGCCAACCUAAAGGCCACCCUGCAGGCUGGGCCAGCCCUGGGCUGCAUACCCCGGCCUCCACGAAGACCCUCGUCCAAGACGCCCUCCCCGGGGCCACCAGGUGCAGGGGCUGCCCCCAUCUCUCCAGAAGAAGUCAGUGAGGUGCCCCUCCAGCCUCGUGGGCCCCAGCUGAGGCCAGGCCGCCUCCAGCAGCUACAGGCAUCCCUGAGCCUACGACUGAGCUCCCUAGAUCCUGACUGGCUACAGCGGUGUCACAAUGGGGCCCCAGACUUCCUGGGGGCUGCCCAGGUCUGCCCGCCUAACCUGGGCGUAGAGGGGUCACAGCCUCUGACCUCAGGUGUCCCAUCAAUCCUUGGUCACGGCACUGGCCCCGAGACUCGAGCCCUACAGACAGGUGGAGUUGCAAGGAGCCCCCAACCCGGCAACAGUCGAGGCAAGAAGUGGAGAUGUGGCAGGGAACCAGAAGGGAACCCUGCACAAACCCAGCAGGACAGUGGCGAAGCAGGACCUCUGCCUCAAGAAGCUGGGGCUACAGGACAUGCAGAAGAUGGUCCAGGAGAACCCCCGUGGGUUCAGCCCCCCAGUGGCCCCACAGCCCCCAGACCAGCUAUCCAGAGCGGAGAUAAUUACGUACGACUCAACCUGAAGCAGAAACGCUAUGUGCGGGGCCCAGCACUCCGUGGCAGGCUGCUCCGGAAGCAGAUGUGGAAGCAGAAGUGGCAGAAGAAAGGGGAGUGUUUUGGAGGUGGUCAGCCCAGAGCCACAGUCAGGAACUCUUGCUUCCGGUGUGGGCAGCUAGGCCACUGGUCAUCCCAGUGCCCCCAACCAGUAAGUGAGAAAGAUACAGAACCCUCUGGGCCUGAGCUGUUGGUGACCAUGGAGCAGUCUGUGCCCCAGGCGCACUGCCCACCCCCCUAUGUGCCACCACUCUACCCACCAGGGCCCUCGGGGCAGGUGGCAGAGACACCAGCUGAGGUGUUCCAGGCCCUAGAGCAGCUGGGGCACCAAGCCUUCCGCCCUGGGCAGGAGCGUGUGGUCAUGCGGAUCCUUUCUGGCAUGUCCACGCUGCUGGUGUUGCCCACGGGUGCUGGCAAGUCCCUGUGCUACCAGCUCCCUGCGUUGCUUUACGCCCGGCGGAGCCCCUGCCUCACGUUGGUCAUCUCUCCCCUCCUGUCUCUCAUGGACGACCAGGUGUCUGGCCUGCCCCCGUGCCUGAAGGCAGCCUGCAUACAUUCAGGCAUGACCAGGAAGCAGCGGGAGUCUGCCUUGAAGAAGGUUCAGGCAGCCCAGGUGCACGUGCUGAUGCUGUCACCCGAGGCGCUGGUUGGGGCUGGGGCAGGGACCCCUGGCUGCCUCCCUCAGCUGCCUCCGGUCGCCUUUGCCUGUGUUGAUGAGGCCCACUGCCUUUCCCACUGGUCCCACAACUUCCGGCCCUGCUACCUGCGCGUCUGCAAGGUGCUGCGGGAACACAUGGGUGUGCGCUGCUUCCUGGGCCUCACGGCCACGGCCACACGCAGCACCUCGAGAGAUGUGGCCCGGCAUCUAGGUGUGGCCGAGGAGCUUGUCCUCAGAGGGCCAGUCACCAUCCCCACCAACCUGUACCUCUCUGUGUCCAUGGACAGGGACCCAGACCAGGCUUUGGUGACACUGCUGCGGAGUGAUCGUUUCUGUGCUCUGAGCUCUGUCAUCGUGUACUGCAAUAGACGCGAGGACACAGAGCGUGUUGCCACACUGCUCCGCACCUGCCUGCCUGAGGCCCGGGACCUGGGGCCCAGAGGCCAGGCCUCCAAGGCUGUAGCUGAAGCCUACCACGCCGGCAUGUGUAGCCGGGAGCGGCGGCGGGUGCAGCAGGCCUUCAUGGACGGCCGGCUGCGGGUGGUGGUGGCCACGGUGGCCUUCGGGAUGGGGCUGGACCGGCCAGACGUGCGGGCUGUGCUGCACCUGGGGCUGCCCACGAGCUUCGAGAGCUACGUACAGGCUGUGGGCCGGGCCGGGCGUGACGGCCAGCCGGCGCAUUGCCACCUCUUCCUACAACCCCAGGGCCAGGACCUGCAGGAGCUGCGGAGACACGUGUAUGCUGACGCCACCGACUUUCUCGCCGUGAAGAAGCUGGUCCAGUGCUCGUUCCCACCCUGUACCUGCACCCGUGCCCAUGCCCAACGCCCCCCGGAGCAGGAUGGAGCCGAGAGCCAGGAGAGGCCUGUGGCCAUGUCCCUGAGGGAGGCCGAGCAACCCAACAUUGAGCGCACAGCCCGGUGCCCGGGCCACGAGCGGGCACUCCCAGUGCAGCCGUUGGUGCAGGUCCUGGACAUGCCUGAGGAGGCCAUUGAGACCCUGCUGUGCUACCUGGAGCUCCACCCACAGCGUUGGCUGGAGCUGCUGACACCCACCUGCACCCGGUGCUGCCUGCGCUGCCCCGGAGGCCCCCCCCAGCUCCAGGCCCUGGCCCACAGGUGUCCCCUCCUGGCCAUGUGUUUGGCCCAGCAGCCACCACAGAACACAGGUGGGGGAAGCUGUUCUGUCGAGUUCGAUGUGCUGCAGCUGGCCGGCUCAGUGGGCUGGAAGCUGGCCUCUGUACAGCAGGCUCUCCGUCAGCUGCAGUGGGAGCCAGAGCCCGGGACAGGUGCACCUCGAGACACGGGGGUGCUGGUGGAGUUCCGGGAGCUUGCCUUCUGUCUGCGUAGUCCUGGAGACCUGACGGCCCACGAGAGGGACCAGAUCUGUGACUUCCUGUAUGGCCACAUACAAGCCCGAGAGCAGGAGGCUCUGGCCCGCCUGCGCCACACUUUCCAGGCCUUUCACAGCGUCGCCUUCCCCAGCUGCGGGCCCUGCUUGGAGCAGCCUGAUGAGGAGCGCAGCGCCAGGCUCAAGGCCCUGCUCAGCUGCUACUUCGAGGAAGAGGGUUCAGGGGGCACGGAAGACGAGCAGGGCCCAGAGCCAGGACAGGCCAGGAUCCAGGACUGGGAGGACCAGAUUCGCCAGGACGUCCGCCACCUUCUGUCCUCGUGGCCAGACCAGCAGUUCUCAGGCAGGGCUGUGGCCCGUAUCUUCCACGGCAUUGGAAGCCCCCGCUACCCAGCGCAGGUGUAUGGGCGGGACCGGCGCUUCUGGAGAAGGUACCUGCAUCUGAGCUUCCCCGCCCUGAUGCACUUAGCCACAGAGGAGAUCCUGCGGUGGGGCCGCUGA